GUUCCUAACAAGGCCACGGACCGGUGACGCGCACGCGCGCGCACACACACACGUGCGUGGUGCCAGUGGGGACGUAGCCGACCACCGCCACCUCCUCCUCCUCCCCCUCCUCCUCCCAGAGCGAGUGCCAUGGGGAAGGAGCCGAGGAGAGACAACGGGAAGCCGACGAGCAGCAGCAAUGACGGCGGUGGCGACGAUGAGGGGAGAGUCUUCGUGCCGAGCAAACCCAACAAGCCCAAGGCGCACCGCCGUAGGCCCAAGUGGACGCCGCGCAAGAUCCUCACCGUGGUGGCGGUGGUCUCCCUCAUCCUGCUGGUGGUGACUGGCAUCAUCGCGGCCAUCUGGUACUUCGGCUUCUAUGUGCAGGAGGUGCAGGAUAAGGCGACCACGGAUUACCGUGGCUCGCUUGAUGAGAAGGUUGCCCGCGUCUACACGGGCUCCGUGCACGUCAAGGACAUGGAAUUUUCGUCCGACCUGGAGGACAUGAACUCUCCCGCAGCGCAGAGACUGGCUGCCACGGUCAGCGAUGAGGUCAAGGAGGCGUUCACCAAGUCAACCGUCCUCGCCUCCUACUACAACACAUCCCAGGUCGUGGGCUUCAGCGAGGGCAGCGUCAAGGCCUACUACCUCAUCCGCUUCACCAUCCCGGAGAAGGAGGAGGCGGUGCUGAGCUCCGUGGUGUCGGAGGAGGUGGUGAAGGGGGUGCUGAGGCAGCGGCUCGGCUUGUCACGCAUGCAGCCCGGGCAGGGGCAGAUCGACGUCGCCUCGCUCACCGUCUUCCCCGCCAACCCCAUCAACGUCGUCCCCUUCAACUCGCCGUGCUCCUUCCAGCUGCACGCCGUGGGGUCUACGGAGCGCUUCUUCCGCAGCCCCAACUUCGAGAACGGGGAGUACCCCGCCAACUCGCGCUGCCAGUGGCUGCUCCGCGCCGACGCCGGCAAGGUGCUGCAGCUCACCUUCGUCUCCUUCAUGGUGGAGGACGACUGCCGGUUCGACGCCGUCACCGUCUACGACUUCCUGAGCCCCGCCGAGAACCGCACGUUGCUGCGGAAGUGCGGCGUGGCCCCCGUGGCGUUCAGCCUGCUGUCGUCGGGGAACGUGAUGCUCGUCACCUUCACGUCCAACGACGUCCAGAACGAGCCCGGGUUCAACGCCAAGUUCCUGCAGAUCGACAAACCCGUCUUCGGGGCCGUGACCCUGCAAGCGAGGGAGAAGGUGACCCAGAACUUCACGUCGCCAGCCUACCCCACGUACUACCCCCCCAACACGGACACCAGCUGGGUCAUCCAGACCGACGCCAACAAGCAGGUUCGUGUGACCUUCACAAGGUUCAAGAUGCGGGAGCCGGGCAUCCAGGAGUCCAACUGCCUCAAGGACUACAUGGAGGUCAACAAGAAGAGGUACUGUAGCGACCAGCCCACGUUUGUGGCCAUCAGCAGCGGUGCCUCGCUGGAGGUGAAGUUCCACUCAGACGAAUCCUACUCGGACCGCGGUUUCGUCGCCGAGUACACGGCCUACCAGCCCGACAACCCGUGUCCCGGGAUGUUCACGUGCAACUCGGGACUAUGCCUGGUGCAGAGCCGGCAGUGCGACGGUUGGAACGACUGCGGAGACCUCAGCGAUGAGAACAACUGCGAGUGCGGGGCUGACCAGUUCUCCUGCGCCAACGGCCUGUGCAAGCCCAAGAUGUGGAUGUGCGACCGCGUCAACGACUGCGGAGACUUCAGCGACGAGAAAGACUGCCGAUGCAACGCGACCGACUUCAAGUGCAACAACGGCAAGUGCGUGGCCAACACGCUCAAGUGCAACAACAAGGACGACUGCGGUGACAGCAGCGAUGAGGCCUCCUGCCCGGGCUCCGGGACGCAGCAGUGCACGGCCUUCAACUACAAGUGCAAUGAUGGGAAGUGCCCCAGCAAGCUGAACCUGGAGUGUGACGGGGAGAAGGACUGCUCCGACGGAGGGGACGAAGCCAACUGCCAGUGCGGCAACCGGCCGUACAAGCCGACGCGCAUCGUGGGCGGCAUGGACGCGGAGCUGGGCGAGUGGCCGUGGCAGGUGAGCCUCCACCUCAAGCGCCCCAACUCCGUGGCGGAGCACAGCUGCGGGGCCUCCCUCAUCUCCAACCAGUGGCUCGUGUCGGCCGCCCACUGCUUCCAGGGAAGCAACUCGCGUCCCGAAAACUGGGUGGUGAAGCUGGGCCUGCACACGCAGAGCAGGCCGUCGGCGAGCACGGUGACGGCGUCGCUGCGCCGCGUCGUGGUGCACGAGAAGUACAACGACAACAACUACGACCACGACAUCGCCGUGCUCGAGCUCGAGCAGCCAAUCACCUUCAGCGACGUCGUGCGCCCAAUCUGCCUGCCGGCCGCCACCCACGUCUUCCCCGUGGGGAAGGAGUGCUGGAUCACCGGCUGGGGGGCCAUCACGCAGGGCGGCUCCGGCUCGAACGUGCUGCAGAAGGCCGAGGUGAAGCUCAUCAACCAGACGGUGUGUAACGGGCUGCUGGACGGCAGCAUCACGGCACGCAUGCUGUGCGCCGGAUUCCUCACGGGCGGCAUCGACGCCUGCCAGGGCGACUCCGGCGGCCCCCUCACCUGCAUGGAGAACAACGGCAAGUGGUUCCUGACAGGCGUGGUGAGCUGGGGCGAGGGCUGCGCCCAGCGCAACAAGCCGGGCGUCUACUCGCGCGUCACCGUCUUCCGCUCGUGGCUCAAGGAGAAGACCGGCAUCUAAGCCGGGCCCGGCAAACUGAGGGAGGGGAGCGGCGGCUGGGGGGGACGCGUUCCCCCCCCGGCCAUGCCGGUGUUGGCACGGCAAUGCCACGUCAGUCUCCGCCUAGGGCCCUGCUGGGUUCUCGCUUGGCCCUACUGGGCCACGCUUGGCCCUGCUGGGCCACGCUUGGCCCUGCUGGGCCACGCUUGGCCCUGCUGGGCCACGCUUGGCCCUGCUGGGCCACGCUUGGCCCUGCUGGGCCACGCUUGGCCCUGCUGGGCCACGCUUGGCCCUGCUGGGUUCCCGCUUGGCCCUGCUGGGCCCUGCUUGUCCCUGCUGGGUUCCCGCUUGGCCCUGCUGGGCCACGCUUGGCCCUGCUGGGCCACGCUUGGCCCUGCUGGGUUCCCGCUUGGCCCUGCUGGGCCACGCUUGGUCCCGCUGGGCCCUGCUUGGCUCUACUGGUCCCUACUGGGCCCUGCUGGGCCCCGCUUGGCCCUACUGGGCCACGCUUGGCCCCGCUGGGCCCCGCUGGGCUCUACUGGUCCCGACUGGGCCCCGCUUUGCCCCGCUGCUGGGCCCCGCUGAGUGCCGCUUGGCCCCGCUGGGCCCCGCUGGGCGCUGCUGGGCGCCCAGCUGGGCCCUGCUUGUCCCCGUUUGGUGUAGACACAAACAUGCGUAGACACACACAUGUGUAGACACGCAUGUGUAGACACACACAUGCGUGUCUACACCGGGCCACACCGGGAACCCAAUUAACACCCCCCCGCCCAUCCCUCCCCCACCCCACCCCCUCAUUGAUUAGUGAAAUUAACGCGUUUUGUUUUUGGGAAUGUGAUUCGAUUCGAGAGUCGAUGUUUUAUUUGGGUCUAAUUCUCUACCGUUCGGCCUGCGCGCGUUGUACAAUUUUAGAGUUUAGUUCGCGUCCCCCUGCCCCCCCCCUCCGGCCCCCUCCCCCCCCCCCCCCCCCACUUUGUAUCCGAUAGCUUGUCGAUGUGACCCGGUGGUCUCGUUGGCAAACUUUUUAAUCUCGGUUGUUCGCUAAGCGCGGUCGCGAUCCCACCCCACCUCCACCACCUCCACCAGUAUCACCGCCACCUCCAUCACCACCUCAACCACCACCUCCACCACCUCCACCAUCACCACCUCAACCACCA